CUCUGACUUCCCCCGAGCUUUCUUUAAUGGCGUCUCAGUGUAGUCCUUGAUCCCCAAAACCCUAGUUCUUCGCCGGAGCUCUGCCAUGGAGACAGCGGCAACGGCAGAGGAGAAGGAGGCCUCGUCUUGGGAGGCUGCGCUCCGGCGAAUGCUUCCUCCCGGCGCGCCGCUUCCUGAUGAGGACCAUCUCGAUUACUCCAUUGCCCUUGACCUCGAUUCUCCUCCGCCUUCCAAGCGGGAAACCCCACCGGAGACUCAACAGGCCUUCGACCCCUCCCCCCGCGCCCCUCGCUUCUCCCGCUUCCGUCUUCCAGACACCCGCUCCAGUCCCCGCCCCUCCUCCGCCGCGCGAUCCCCUGGUUCUGACGGCGGCGACGCUUCCUCCCGAGAGAUUUCCGUUGAGUCUAACAAUGGCCGCUCAUCUACUGUGAAGAAAGGCGGCGCCUGUAGCCGGUGCGGUCGAAGCAGCGGUAUUUUUAGAGAGAAAGAGGCUUGUUUGGUGUGCGAUGCAAGGUUCUGCUCUAAUUGCGUGCUGAAAGCCAUGGGUUCUAUGCCGGAAGGUCGAAAGUGCGUGGGCUGCAUCGGCCGUCCGAUCGACGAGAGGAAACGGUCGGCGCUCGGGAGGCGCUCUAAGAUGUUGAGCAAGCUGUGCACGCCUCUGGAGGUGCGGCAGAUGAUGAAGGCGGAGCUGGAGUGCGCCGCGAACCAGCUUCGGCCAGAGCAGGUGGUGGUGAAUGGGAGAGAAUUGAGGCAGGAGGAGCUGGACGAGAUUCUUGGAUGCCUGGCACCGCCGUCAGGGUUGCGGCCAGGGAGGUAUUGGUACGAUAAGGACUCCGGUCUUUGGGGGAAGGAAGGUGAGAAGCCUGAUAGAGUCAUCAGUUCAAAGUUAAAUGUUGGAGGUAAAUUAAAGGCUGAUGCAAGCAAUGGUAACACUCAAGUGUUCAUUAAUGGCCGUGAAAUUACAAAGUUAGAACUUAGAGUGCUUAAGUUGGCCAAGGUACAAUGCCCAAGAGAUACCCAUUUCUGGGUUUAUGAUGAUGGUUCUUACGAGGAAGAGGGGCAGAAUAACAUAAGAGGAAAGAUAUGGGAUAAGGCAUCAACCCGUCUUAUAUGUUCAUUGUUUUCGUUGCCUACACCCCUUGGACAUGCAACUGGACCAAGGGAGGAUACAUCGAUAUUUUCAAGUAGGUCAGUGCCAGAGUAUUUGGAGCAGAAAAGAGUCCAGAAACUUCUGUUACUCGGUCUACAAGGAUCUGGUACCAGCACCGUUUUUAAGCAGGCAAAAUUAUUAUAUGGGAACAAGUUCUCCCUGGAAGAAGUGCAGGAAAUGAAGCUUAUGAUUCAAAGCAACAUGUACAGAUAUCUUAGCAUAUUGCUUGAAGGUCGCGAGCAAUUUGAAGAUGAGGCUUUGCAUUUGAAGCUCAAUUUGCACAAGGAGAACUCUACCCCAGAUACAGAAGGUGGGAACAAGGAAAAUAAAGCCUGUGCCUACUCACUCAACCAAAGGUUAAAACAUUUUUCUGACUGGCUGCUUGAGAUAAUGGCGAUGGGAGACCUGGAUGCCUUUUUCCCUGCUGCAACACGUGAGUAUGCCCCUGUUGUGGAUGAGGUUUGGAAGGAUCCUGCUAUUCAAGAGACAUACAAGAGAAGGAAUGAGUUGCACUCUCUUCCUGAUGUUGCAGAUUAUUUUCUUAACCGGGCUAUUGAAAUAUCAAGCAAUGAGUAUGAACCUUCCGAGAGAGAUAUCUUAUAUGCUGAAGGAGUCACCCAGUACAAUGGACUGGCCUUCGUUGACUUCUCAUUGGACGACCGCAGUGCAAUAUCUGAGUCAUACUCUGAAAGUUUAGACUGCCAACCAUCCUUGACAAGAUACCAACUGAUCCGGGUAAAUUCAAAAGGAUUGGGCGAAGGAUGCAAAUGGCUGGAAAUGUUUGAGGAUGUUCGUGCCAUCAUCUUUUGUGUUUCCCUUGGUGAUUACGAUCAAAUGUGGGCUAAAGACCAUGGAUCCCUCCAGAACAAGAUGAUGGCUAGCAGAGAACUCUUUGAAAGCGUGGUAAAACAUCCUUCUUUCCGAGACAUCCCGUUUGUACUUCUCUUAAACAAGUACGACGUAUUUGAAGAGAAAAUCAACAAGGUACCUCUAACUGUAUGUGAGUGGUUCUUCGACUUCAGCCCUGUGAAGCCCCAUAACAUCAGUCAGUCACUUGCCAGUCAGGCCUACUAUUACAUUGCCGUGAAAUUUAAAGAUCUGCAUGCAUCCAUUAGCAACAAGAAGCUGUUUGUGUUUCAGACAAAGGCCAGGGAGCGUGCCACGGUUGACGAUGCAUUCAAGUACAUAAAGGAGGUAGUGAAAUGGGAUGAUGCAAAGGAUGAUGAUGCUUAUGGGUUCGUAGAUGAGUCAUUCUACACCACUGAAGUUAGCGCCUCUCCAUACAAAUGGAAGGAAGGAUGACUUGUUCUUUUUUACAUAAUUAUGUCCAGUUGAGUGUUGUUAAUGUUUGUUAGCUCAAGUCAAUAUGGGAAAUAUUGGAUGGAGUGGCUCCUUUCCUCUGUAAUGGUUAACAAAAAACGAAGGAAUGAAGGUUCUCAUCUCAUUGAGUGAA